GUCCUCCUUGCGUCUUUUCCUUUUUUGCUUUGAAGUCCUACCGGGUGGGACUAGCUGCGAAGGUUUUGUGUACUUCAAAGCCCGCACCGGUAGGAAGUUCAUCUCCGACCUCCCCUAGAGUAACCGGGGAUGGAAGGAAAAAUUCAUUUUCAUUGAAUUUCCCCCCUUUGUCACUCCCAUGGCCGAUCUGAAAUGGAACGACCACCUCCUCAACCAAGAGUACGCCGUACCGGCUUCCUCUCCUGACUUGGAGGCGAACCUUGAAAUCCUCAUGCGUGGUGAUCCUUUCACCGGGAGGAUCUUCCAUUAUGGGAGUUGGGUCUGGCGAAGCACACCGGGUGGUGAGGGUACCUCCCAGGCCCAUGAAGCAGCGGGGCGCGGGGUACCCUCCCCGGGCAACACUGCAGAGGCUGAGGGCUAUAACCACCUAGACAUGGAGUUCGAAGAAUUCGCCAUGCCCGAAGAUCAGCCAGAAGGAGAGACCGGUGGUUCUCAGACCGGUGCUGCCAAAACUUUCACGGUCCAACCAGAGACCGUGGAAGUUCAUGAUUUGGACGAGCCGGAAGAUGACCGGUCAAAAGGGAAGGGCAAGGAGAAGGUCGGUCGCCGGCAAAAGAAGGUGGCCACCACCCAUCCCUCCUAUGCCAAGAAGAAGGCGAGGUCGGAUUCUGAGCCGGCCUCCCAGACUAUUGAAGAGGCCUUCAUCAAUAUGGGCCUGAGGCUGAAGGAGGCAGGGGAGAUCAGGCCUCAUACGGCCGAGCAAUUGGGGAUGGGCUCUCCUUCUGAACUUUCCCGGCUGAAGAAGGAGAAAGAAGAAAUGACCAUUAUCCUGAAGAGCCAGGCAGAUGAGUUGACCCGCCUAUGUGGUAUGGCCGGGACAAUGACGGCGGAGAUCUCCCAGCUCAAGGAAGAGAACAGCCGGCUCAUGGACAAAGUCUCUAAAGCGAAAAAGGAGAUAUUGCUAAAGGAGGAGAACUUCCCUGGUCGCGCUGCUGCAUGGGUGGAGCAGAACAAGGCCGAAGCAGCCCAGGUACUCACGGCGUCUCCGGAGGCGACCAUGGAAUCCUUCAGGUUCCUCUACCGGGAGCCUGAGGGGAGGAAGAUGAUCACCGCGAUUGGAUCCUUUGCAUUCAAGAGCGGUCAGAAGAAAGACCGGAUUGCCUCCCACCGGGUUUUGCUGAGAAGGGACCCGGAGUUCAGCGCUGCUUCUUAUGGACUGGCCCCAAUACCAGAUGAAGAGCCUACUCCCCCUUUCCCUCUAGAUUAGGAUCUCCCCGGCUGCGACCAGUUGUUUUGUAAACUUAAACUUUCUCUAUUUCCCCGGGUAUGCCCGGUGUAUUUUGUAAACAAUUAACAUUCAACUUUCGAAGUUCAAAUGCAUGUUUACUUUCUAACCCGGUCAUUCUUGCUCCUUCAAAUAUUUCUUGUUUGCUCUUGUUCUAGCUACCUUACUUUAACUGGUAGACUUUCCAUCUGAUAGAUAUCUUCCUGUAGAACUUCAACUUUCG